AUGUCUGAGAGUUUAUCAGAUGAAACUGAGUAUCAUACUGAGCAAAGUGAUGAUAUUGAAUUGGAUUUCCAUAGAGAUCCAAGAGUACAAUGGUUAAAAGAGCGAAUUCUCACAUAUAUUGGGAUGGAGGAUGAUGAUUUGUUCUACAGUAUGCUAGAAGAGAGUGACGUUAAGAAGAAGUUAACAAGGUUCAUUACUGCGUCGUUGAUGCCUAACGAGUUGUCAUUAGAUAAGAAAACAUUUUACAUCUGCAAGAUUAUUGUCGACAAACUGAUACACGAAGACAAGGAGUUUACAGAAUGGAGAAUAGUGCCACCCCCGCCACCUCCACCACCGCCGCCGACAAAAAAGAGAAAAGGAAAAAAGGGGAAACAAGCAGAAGUAGAACCAACGCAAGAUGAAACAUUUGAAGGAGACGCGCUAGAUAAAAAAGCAGUGAAGGCCGCUAGGAGCGGAAAGAGCGUUAAAAGCGCUAAGAGUGCGAAAAGUAUGAAGAGUUUUAAAAGUUCUAAAGAUCUCACAGAAAUAGAGACAGCGGCUGCAUUAACCGACUACGUAGACACCGAAGACGAAACUAAGACUUCGAUAGACCUUCGUGGGAAAGAUGAAGAGUUUGCCAUGGGCACUGAGGAAAUGUAUGCCUUUCCACCACCACCCGAAGACUUAGAUCCAGAAAUUGACGGUACUGUUGAGUUCUACACAGUCGUGAGAUCCGUCCCACGUAUAAUUCAGUAUCCGAAACUUUUGCCACUCUUCGGUGCCUUCACUCCACAAGUGGUAAAUCGCAACCGCCGCUACAUCUAUUUCCUGCGGCAAUCGCAAGAGGGCGUGCCGAUGGCAGAAACCGAUUACGUGACCAAGCUUAAAAUGCCAGAGUAUAUACUCACAGGAUGCGCAUCGGGUAAAGUGUUGAUGAGUUUGGGGAUGCAACUUAAAGAAAUGUUCAUACCACUAUUUAGCCAUCAAUUCCGUGAGGUCACAGUAAUGAAUAUGGAAUCAUCGCCUGGCAUACUAUCGAGGCAGGUUUCCUACGCUGGUGAUCACUACAAGAUGGAUGAGACAGCAUCUCAGGUCAAUUAUCUUCGACCAUCCGAUUAUCGCAGGAUGUCAAAUAUUGCAAGAGGUGAAAACGCGGAAAGGAGGAUGAAAAGCAUGCGCUCCGGAUCUCAGGCUUUUGUGCAAAGGCCGUACAAUAUGAAUGAUGCCCCCAUGGAAUUAUUGACAUUGGUACCGCAACAAAACAUGGGUGACGCCACUGAUAAACAAAAAUCAACGGCCGAAGAAGUCAUAAGCGACAUUCGAGAGCUCGUAGGAAUAGUGGAAUGGACCAUAGAACACAUAGAAGGUGAAAUUCAUAUGCCUAUGCCGAACAUACCGAUACUAGCGGACGAACAAACUGAAGUGGAUAUAACAGACCCAAAACUUGUGACGCAACUAGAAGAGGCUGUCAAUAUGUGGCAAACACACAUUGAUAAUACUAUUACAGCCUGUUUGGGUAAGACCCGCGAAGGCGACGGUCCAGUCGCCGAAUACAAGUACUGGCGUGAGCGCGAUGCCGAGCUAUCUCUCCUAGUGGAACAACUCAAACAACCACUCGUCGUGAAGAUACUCAAUUUAUUAGAGAUGGCAAACUCGCCAUACUUGGAGAGCUUUAGAAACUAUAAGGAGAGACUUAUCGAACAGUAUAAUUUGGCUGGUGACAACUUAAAGUUCCUUUCAACGCUGUUACGCUUUUUUAACGUGAUAGAAGACGAUUCGCCCCUCCAGCAAGUGAUAGAUAUAAUGCCGGAGCUGAUGGAGAGCAUUUUUAUGGUGUGGGUGCUAUCCAAAGGUUACAGGACAGACGAAACAAUGGUGCCUCUCAUGGCUAGGAUAUCUUGGGCCCUAUGCAAUAAGUUGGAGAGAUUUCUCAAUGUUCAUAAAUUAUUCGACAAAAGUAACGAAGAAGUUCUGUCACUCGCGCGCGCCGGACAUAAGAUCAUGGAGAUGUGGCACACUUUGUACAAGGAUACGCGACGCAACAUCGAGUUGAGUGGGAAGGGCGCCCGCUGGGAGUUCGAACAGCCGCUACUCUUCACUACCACGGACUACAUCGGCACCGUUGCACGCGAUUUAGCCGACGUCGUGCAGGUUCUCAUCGACUUCGAGCGAAUAUUCGGCGCGGAACUAAAGUCUAUCAUAAGCGACCCGACGCAGAUCGACGACGUUCGAAAGCGCGUGAAGAAUCUCGUGUACCCGAUACGUACGAUCGACUUCAGCGUGUUCGUGUUUGACAACAAGGAGAACUGGGAUGUCAUAAUGAGCGACUUCUGGAAGGAGGUACGCUAUUUGGAGGAUGAAGCGAAAAAUUACAUCAAUCAGAGCUUCGGGAAUUUACGGUCCGCUGAAGAAGCUUUAGACGUGCUACUUAAGUUCCUCGAGUUCGAUACGAGAAAAUCGAUUCGUAAAGAACUGUCUACCAAAUUCGAUUUGGUGAUGCGUCAGUUCAUCAAGGAAAUCACUGCCAUUGAAGACAAGUUUACGCGUUUUCGUAAAAACCCGCCAUUGCUUCGGAAUCAUCCGCCUGUUGCUGGAGCGAUAUACUGGGCUCGAGCACUAUUUAACAAGAUGAAGCAACCGGUCAUGAAGUUUCAAAAGGUACCGGAGCUCAAUGAUUGCGAGCAGAAAAAGGAAGCAUUUCAACAAUACAAAGCCUUCUCAAAAGUUAUAAAGGAAUAUGAGGAUUUAAAGUUUAAAGAAUGGGCGGAAAACUGUUCAAAAUUCGUCGACAAUGUGAUGAAGAAAAAUAUUUUACAUGUUAAAUUUAAAGAGGGCAAAGGUAACAUUAUAUCAGAAUCGCAGCCGACAAUUACCGGUCGCGGCCAGCUAUCCAAGAAAAAGGGCUCCAACACUUCGUUAAGUCCCACCGACGUCGUCAACAAAGAGAUAGCUGACAAAAGGCGUAGGGAUAAAGCACUGAUGCUGAUGCGCAUACCGGGACAGCACUACGAGAACGUAAGAUCACCGAGCUCCAUGUCGAUUCUCGCUAAGGAAGGACUGACGGAUGUAACAUGGCGUGAUUUAACUGUGCACAAGCUAAUCCAAGAAUACGAUCUGGAGUUUCAUCCCAAUUUCGAUCGCAAGAUCUUUUUGAUUUUGCGAGAAGCUGAACUCAUGGAACAACUAGGUUUUAACCUUCCUUCAAACAUUCGGGACGUGGCGAUGCAAAAAUCCCGUCUCUACUAUGAACUAGAAGCACUCGAUAAUGUCAUAAGUCGAUACAACAGUAGUAGUCAGUCUCUCAGCACAUCUGAGACGCAUCUCAUGAAGGUACACUUGCUGGAAAUGGAGCGGCACAUACUGCCCGGCCUGACAAGAAUAACCUGGACUGCGUUGGGAAUCAAAGACUAUAUCAGUGACAUAACGAAAGGUCAAAAUUCUUUGCAAGCCGUGUAUCAACAGUUAAAGAUGGUUGAAAAAGAGAUCCAAGUGUUAAUCGACCAACUGGAGCUUUUUGACCUGUUUCCUAUUAUAAAGCCACAGGAUUACGUGUGCCCAGAGACUGGUCAACCAGAUGACACUUGGCUGUACCCUUGUAAGACAUACUUUGUCGAAGUAGAGAACGAACGCAUGUCUCGUAUUUCGACACUAUCACGCUUGUACGACCGGAUCGGACCGAUCUUGAUGAAACUGGAAUAUCUCAUUCUUGGCACUAGUACCGGCAAGUCGAAUGUCAUGGCCGCUUACUACACUUUCUGGGAGAAGAAUAUAUUCAAGUCACUUAUCAAAUUGACUCUCGAAAACAUGGAGCAGUUUCAACAAACGUUAAGUGAAAAUUAUGCUCUCUUUCAAGUGGAUGCUGUGCUUGUACCACCGGAUAUUGCAAUGCGUCCCACCUCUUCAGAAGUUUGCAACAUUAUGGGAUACGACAUUAAGCAUUUCCUAAACAGACUAACAGCGUUUCCGCGUUGGAUGAAGAACACGUGCGUCCCGUGUCCGCCUCAACGCAUUGCGGAGGCGACAGGCAACGAAUUCUAUGUGUUCUCCUUCUUUGAGGACAUCCUUCGUGUGGCUUCCAUAAACGACAUCACCCUGUUAAUACAGGAUACGAUUUAUAGACUAACGCAAGAUAUUAAUACUUACAUACAGAAGUGGCAAAAAUACCAACACCUAUGGGCUUUCGACAAGCAGCUCUCCUGCGAAAAGUACACGCAGAAACACGACCAGAUACACAAGUACGACGAGAAAUUCUUCUUCUUCGAGGACAUAAUAUCGGACCUAACGGAGCACGUUAAGUACGUGGACAUCGGAGCGAUACGCGUCAACUUACGCCCAAUCAUACGCCAGAUACAGGACCAUGCGCAAGAGUGGAAGAACAUACUGGGGCAUUGCUUAGCGUCAAAAACUAGGAUGAACAUGUACGAUCUUAAGAAUCAGAUUGAGUCUCUUCGUAUGACCAUGAACAUGAACAUAAAGGGACUCGAGGACUUCAAAUUAGUAAUGGCCACCAUUACACAAGUGCAAGCAAUGACCAUAACUGCUGAAGUAAAGUACAGGGGUAUGCAAGAGAUCUUCCACAUGCUGAGACAACAUGGCAUUGAAGUAUCAGACGAAGACCUCAGUUUCGCCAAAAACCUAGAAUCAUCGUGGGGUAGCCUCUACCAGUCGUCUUUAUUCCGCGGAAACACUCUAGAGCAAACAAAAGAAAAAUUCUCAAAGUUGAACGUCGUAGAAAUUUCCACGUUCCUAAGAGAGCUUGAUGAGUUCAUAGAAAAGUUCGACAAGGAAGGUCCCGGGAGUGUUGGAGAUGAUAUGGAGAAAGGGCUACUAUUGAUGGAGGAAUAUGCAAAAUAUUUUGACGAGUUAGAAUCACGCAAGAAAAACCUACAAGCGGCGGAACAACUUUUUGACAAUCCGCUGGCUGAUUUCUCUAAUUUCAAUCGAGCUAAAAAUGAUUAUCAAGCGAUGGAAUUGAUUUACAAGAUUUACAAAGCACAAAAGAAUGCACGGGAAAAUUGGGCUAAGACACUAUGGGUCAAUUUGAAUGCGCAAGCUCUCGUUGAUGGAAUUGAGCAGUUCUUUAAAGAAUAUCGUAAACUACCGAAAGCAGUUCGUCUGACGCCGAUGGGUUUGAUGCUCGACCUAAAGAUGAAGCAAUUUAAAAGCGUCGUACCGUUGAUGGUGUCUCUGAAAAAUGAAGCCAUGCGGGAACGUCAUUGGAAAGAGCUGAUGGCUAAAACUGGCCAAGAGUUCGACAUGUCGCCCGAUCGCUUCACGCUAGAGAACAUGUUCGCCAUGGAGCUACACAAACAUCAGGACGUAGCUGAAGAAAUUGUCAAUCAUGCCAUUAAGGAGUUGGCGAUCGAGCGGGGCGUGAGGGAUGUGCAGGAGACGUGGGCCGCGGUGGCCUUCACAGUGUCGCGGCACAGCGCGCGCGGAGAGGAGCGCGGCUUCACGCUCGACGCCUGCGACGACGUGCUGGCGCGCCUCGACGACGACGCCAUGGCGCUGCAGGGCAUGGCCGCCUCGCAGUUUAUUGGCCCAUUCUUGUCGGUGGUGCAAACUUGGGAACGUCGCUUAUCCCUUAUAUCGGAAGUGAUAGAGGAAUGGCUGGCAACACAGCGCAAGUGGCUCUAUCUGGAGGGCAUUUUUGUUGGUGGCGACAUUCGCUCCCAGCUGCCCGACGAGGCUAAGAAGUUUGAUGAUAUUGAUAGGUCAUUCAGAAGGAUUAUGCUAGACACGGCAAAGCGCUUGAAUGUUGUUGACUGCUGUACAAUUAGCGGGAGACUAGACGAGUUCGUCAAUCUGGGAAUUGGACUUCAAAAAUGUCAAAAGUCUUUGAAUGAUUACUUGGACUCCAAAAGACGGAUUUUUCCGAGGUUUUUCUUCAUAUCGACAGACGAGCUGCUUUCUAUUCUCGGUAGUAGUGAAUGUAGCUGCGUUCAGGAGCAUAUGAUCAAGAUGUUCGAUAACAUACGGGCAUUAGAUUUGUAUGUUGACCACACCAAUCGUCCAGUGGCUGCAAAAAUGAUUUCCGCAGAAGGAGAGAUAAUGGACUUCCGGCACGUCGUGUACACGGAAGGCAGAGUCGAGGACUGGAUGAACCUAGUCCUUGCGGAGAUGAGAAACACAAAUAAAUUUAUCACCAAGAAAGCUAUAUUUUACUACGGUAAAAAUUGGAAUGUUCCCAGAACGGAGUGGAUAAUGGAGUAUCAGGGCAUGGUAUGCCUGGCUGCGAAUGGCGUAUGGUGGACGGCUGAGACUGAGGAGACAUUUCUACGGAUACGUAAGGGCAACAAACGCGCCAUGAAGGAACACCUGCAGCAACAGAAUGAACAGUUGGAUGGGCUUGUGGUCAAAGUAAGACAAGAUCUGUCACCGAACGACCGACUAAAGUUCCGUACGAUCACGACGAUCGACGUGCAUGCGCGCGACAUUAUCGAGGGGUUUGUCCGCGACAAUGUGACCGAGGCCGCCGCUUUCCAGUGGGAGAGUCAGCUGCGCUUCUACUGGCUUAAACGUGACGACAAUCUGUGGAUAAAACAAUGCACUGGGCUGUUCGAGUACGGCUACGAAUACAUGGGGCUGAAUGGGCGUCUCGUAAUCACGCCUUUGACUGAUCGCAUUUAUCUGACAAUCACACAGGCUCUUACUAUGCAACUCGGCGGAGCACCAGCAGGACCGGCGGGGACAGGAAAAACGGAGACAACUAAAGAUCUAGCGAAAGCCCUAGGCCUGCUCUGUGUAGUGACGAAUUGCGGUGAAGGUAUGGACUUCCGGGCAGUGGGACAGAUCUUAGCUGGUCUGUGUCAAUGUGGAGCCUGGGGAUGUUUUGACGAAUUUAAUCGCAUUGAUGUGUCUGUACUUUCUGUCAUAUCAACGCAACUGCAGUGCAUUCGCAGCGCUUUGCUUAUGAAACUAAAGAGAUUCACGUUUGAAGGACAAGAGAUAGUCAUGGACAGCAAAGUAGGCAUCUUUAUAACCAUGAACCCGGGAUACGCGGGACGCACCGAACUGCCGGAGUCUGUUAAAGCGUUGUUCCGUCCCGUGGUUUGCAUCCUGCCUGAUCUAGAGAUGAUCUGUCAGAUUUCGCUGUUUUCCGACGGCUUUCUCACGGCUAAAGUGCUAGCUAAGAAGAUGACGGUGCUGUACAAGGUGGCGCGCGAGCAGCUGUCGAAGCAGUCGCACUACGACUGGGGGCUGCGCGCGCUGACGGCGGUGCUGCGCAUGGCCGGCACGCUGCGCCGCGCCUCGCCCGCCCGCCCCGAGAUCGUCGUGCUCAUGCGCGCGCUCAGGGAUAUGAACCAUCCGAAAUUCGUGUUCGAAGACGUGCCAUUGUUCCUGGGCCUGAUCAAGGACCUAUUCCCCGGCUUAGAGUGUCCGCGCGUUGGUUACCCGGAAUUCAAUGCGGCCGUCACUCAGGUUCUGGAGAGGGACGGAUAUAUCGUUCUACCGCAUCAGGUGGACAAAGUAGUACAGCUGUAUGAGACGAUGAUGACCCGUCACUGUACUAUGCUGGUGGGCCCGACGGGCGGAGGAAAAACAGUCAUACUACAGACUUUAGUUAAGGCGCAGACCGAUCUCGGCCUGCCCACUAAACUCACCGUACUCAAUCCUAAGGCCUGCUCGGUGAUAGAAUUGUAUGGUGUCCUUGAUCCGGUCACCCGGGAUUGGACAGAUGGUUUAUAUUCAAAAAUAUUUCGCGAAAUGAACAGGCCGUCAGAAAAAGAUGAGCGACGGUACUCUCUAUUCGAUGGUGAUGUGGACGCCCUGUGGAUAGAGAACAUGAACUCGGUCAUGGACGACAACAAGCUGCUUACUCUUGCCAAUGGUGAGAGGAUACGUCUCGCUCCGUACUGCGCACUGCUGUUCGAAGUCGGGGAUCUCAACUACGCCUCGCCGGCGACAGUGUCCAGGGCCGGCAUGGUCUAUGUGGACCCCAAGAAUUUGGGAUACCAGCCCUAUUGGGACAGAUGGGUGCGCGGACGCAGCAACAGCGAGGAGCGCGAGCAGCUGGAGGGCCUGUUCGAGCACUACGUCCCGGGCGCCAUCAACUACAUCGUGCUCGGCCUGUUCGGGCUGCAGCAGCAGGCGCCGCUGCGCACCGUCGUGCCGCAGACGCCGCUCAACCUGGUGGUGCAGCUGUGCCACAUGAUCAGCGGACUGCUGCCCAAUAGAGAAGACACUAACGAAGAGAUCGAUAGGACCGUCGUCGAAUGCGUUUUCAUGGUGUCAAUGUACAAUAGCUUGGGUGCCGCCAUUGUGGAUGAUGGACGUUUCGAUUUUGAUGCUUACAUCAAGAAAGCCUGUCCGAUGAUGUUGGUGGAAGAUAACCCCGAAAAGAAGGCCACAACGAAACACUUUCCAAUGGGCUUUCCGUCUCUCUACGACUAUUGCCUGGAACUGACAACGAAAACUUGGGAGGCGUGGGAAUGGCUUGUGCCCGAGUAUAUCCACGAUCGCGAAAUGAAGUUUCCCUCCAUCUUGGUGCCUACUGUGGACACGCUGCGACUAACCUGGCUUAUUAAGAUCAUGGAGAGUGUAGAACGACCGGUUUUAUUGGUGGGCGAUACCGGCACGUCUAAGACCGCUAUCAUAACAAACUAUCUGCAUGGAUUGCCCGCAGAUAAAUACAUCAUUCAGCAAAUGAAUUUCUCAUCUCGAACGUCAUCGAUGGAUGUGCAAAGAAAUUUGGAGUCUGUGGUAGAAAAACGCACUAAGGAUACGUUUGGCCCGCCGGUCGGCAAGAAGAUGUUGGUUUUUAUAGACGAUAUGAAUAUGCCUAUAGUUGACACAUACGGGACUCAACAACCGAUCGCGCUACUGAAGUUACUUUUCGAAAGAAAAGGUUUCUACGACCGCGGGAAGGAUCUCAAUUGGAAGAAUUUAAAAGACAUUGGUUUUCUUGCCGCAAUGGGGAAAGCCGGUGGUGGCAGAAACGACGUGGACCCACGAUUCAUCUCAAUGUUUUCCGUAUACAAUCUACAAUUCCCAUCCGAGAGCACUCUGCGGCACAUUUACGUGUCCAUACUCAGGGGUCACUUCUCCAUUUUCGCUGAGGAAAUACAAGACAUUGUGGAUAAGAUUGUCCAGAUGACGCUCGAUCUAUAUAAGAUAAUAAUAGUGGAGUUACCGCCGACGCCUGCGAAGUUCCACUACAUCUUCAACCUGCGGGACCUGUCGCGGGUGGCGGCCGGGCUGUGCCUCGUGCACCCCAAGCUGUUCACCGACAAGCGCUCCGUGCUGCGCUGCUGGCGCAACGAGUUCACCAGGGUCGUCUGCGACCGCCUCAUCACUACACACGACAACGAGCUAAUGCGUGAACACAUUCAAGAACACAUUGUAAGAUACUUCCCUGAAGAAGAACCAGUUGUGCUUGAAGAGAUAGUGGUGCCUGAAGAAGAGGAAAAACAUCCCGAGGAAGAAGAAGACGAGUUCAUGAUAAGUGAACAAAAACAAAAAGCACAGGAAGUAACUGACGAAUCUGAGACUGUAAUGGAGGAAGAAGUGGAAGAAGAAGCGGAAAGAGUUUUAACGCUGGAAGAAUACGUGCUUCGAGAUCCGUUACUCUUCGGUGACUACCGCAACGCACUGGAUGAAGAUGAGGUGCGAUAUUACGAGGACUUGUUGGACUACGAAGCCGUUUACUUUCUGUUCCAAGAGAUCCUGGAGGAGUACAGCGAGCGCGUGGGUCCGAUGUCGGUGGUGCUGUUCGAGGACUGCCUGGAGCACCUGACGCGCGCGCACCGCGUGCUGCGCAUGCCGCGCGGACACCUCAUGCUGGUGGGCGUCGGCGGCUCCGGCAAGAAGUGCAUCUGCCGCCUGGCCGCCUUCGCUGCAGGCUGCGAAAUGUUUGAAAUCACGAUAACGCGUAACUACAAUGAGAACACUUUCAAAGAAGAUAUGAAGCGCCUCUACAAUCAGCUCGGCGUCGAGGGGAAACCGACUGUGUUCCUCUUUACAGCAGCACAGAUACUGGAGGAGGGUUUCUUGGAGCUGAUCAACAACAUGUUGAUGAUCGGUAUGAUCCCGGCGCUGUUCGGUGAUGACGAGAAGGAGGCCAUCAUCAACUCACUGCGCAACGAGAGCAACGAUGCGGGCUAUGGAGUCGGCAAAGACUCUGUAUGGAAUUACUUCUGCAACAAGUGUGCUGAAAAUUUGCAUAUCGUGCUGUCAAUGUCGCCUAGUGGUGAUAUUCUAAGAAACAGGUGUCGCAGCUUCCCCGGCCUCGUCAACAAUACUACGAUCGACUGGCAGUUCCCGUGGCCCAAGCAAGCGCUCUUGGCCGUCGCCAACGUCUUCCUGGCUGAUGUGAAAAAAAUCCCCGAUGAGUUCCGGAGUAUAAUAGUGGAGCACGUGGUGCACGUGCACUUGUCCGUGGCGCGCUACUCCGCCGAGUUCCUGGCGAGGCUGCGCCGCAACAACUAUGUCACGCCCAAACACUACAUGGACUUCCUCACCAGCUAUAUCUCGCUUCUCGGCGAGAAGGAUGCUUUCAUCGUGGCGCAGUGCGAGCGUCUAAAGGGCGGCCUGGCGAAGAUUGAAGAGGCUAAUGUUCAACUUGAAGACCUCAACGCUAAGCUGGCUGUGCAGAAAGUUAUCGUCGCGGAACAGACCAAAGAGUGCGAGAUUCUACUUAAGGAAAUAUCGACUGCUACUGAAGCAGCAGUAGGCAAGCAGCAAGUAGCGGCAGAGAAGAGUCAAGAGAUCACGGAACAGAGCAAAGUGAUAGCAGAGGAGAAGUCGGAAGCGGAAGAGGCGCUGUCUGCGGCCUUGCCCGCACUAGAGGCCGCUAGACUGGCGCUCUCCGACUUGGACAAGAACGACAUUACUGAGAUACGUUCAUUUGCUACGCCACCCGAAGCUGUGCAGGUGGUUUGUGAAUGUGUGGCCAUUAUCCGCGGCGUAAAAGACGUGAGCUGGAAAGGCGCAAAAGGUAUGAUGGCCGACCCGAACUUCCUUCGUAAUCUGCAAGAAAUGAACUGCGAUCUGAUAACUCAGGCACAAGUUAAAGCCGUCAAGGCGCAUAUGAAGAAAAGCAAGAAGCUGGACACAAUGCAGCAGAUUAGUAAAGCCGGGUACGGUCUACUGAAGUUUGUAACUGCCGUAUUAGGCUACUGCGCAGUUUACAAAGAGGUGAAACCUAAAAAAGAUAAAGUGGAAGCUUUGGAGAAGGAGUACACAGAAGCCGUGAAUUAUUUGGCGUCAUUGAACAGGGAGAUAGAGCGUUUGCAGAAAACCUUAGACGGCUUGAACAGCCGAUAUGAAACUGCAAUGUUGAGGAGACAAGAGCUGCAAGAGGAGACGGAUUUAAUGAUGAGAAGACUGAUCGCCGCCGAUAAACUAAUGUCCGGACUGUCCAGUGAACAAAAGCGUUGGACUGAGGAUUUGGCGGCGUUGCAUCUAGAGCAGUCUAGAUUGAUUGGGAAUUGUUUGCUCGCUGCGUCGUUCCUGAGCUACACCGGACCCUUUUCUUUCUCUUUCCGCGAGACGAUGAUUUACGAGGACUGGCUCGGUGAUGUUAAGGAAAGGGGCAUCCCACUCACGGAACCUUUUACUAUUCAGAAGAAUUUGACCAAUGAAGUUGAAAUAAGCGGUUGGAACUCUGAGGGUUUACCACCGGACGAACUUUCCGUACAGAAUGGUAUACUGACCACCAGGGCAUCUCGCUUUCCGCUAUGUAUCGACCCACAGACGCAGGCCCUCUCCUGGAUCAAAAAGAAGGAAGCUAAAAACAAUUUGAAGGUACUCUCUUUCAACGACCCGCAGUUCGUCAGGCAUCUUGAGAUGGCGAUUAAAUAUGGCAUACCGGUUCUGUUUCAAGAUGUCAACGAGUAUAUAGAUCCCGUAGUGGAUAAUGUGCUAGAGAAGAAUAUCAAAGUGGAGAGCGGGCGUACGUUCGUCAUGCUGGGCAGCACGGAGGUGGACUACGACCCGAACUUCCGCCUGUACCUGACCACGAAGCUCGCCAACCCGCAGUUCAACCCUGCCGCAUAUGCCAAGGCCGUCGUCAUCAAUUAUACCGUCACCGUUCAAGGUUUGGAAGACCAACUCCUUAGCGUAGUGGUCCGUGCUGAACGUGCGGAUCUAGAGGAACAGCGGGAGAGUCUCAUCAUGGAAACCAGUGCCAACAAAAGUUUACUGUCCGGGCUUGAAGAUUCAUUGCUGAGGGAGCUGGCCACCUCCACCGGCAACAUGCUCGACAACGUGGAGCUCGUCAACACUUUGGAGAACACCAAGUCUAAAGCUGCAGAGGUGAUGGAAAAACUGGAACUAGCAGAGGCAACGACUAGUGACAUAGAAAAACUCCGGGAUGGCUACCGACCAGUGGCGAAACGUGGUUCCAUUCUGUUCUUCGUUUUAUCCGACAUGGCCGUAGUCAACUCUAUGUACCAGUACUCACUGUCUUCUUAUCUUGAUGUGUUCUCAUUUUCACUGCGUAAAGCGAUGCCGAACGUGAUCCUAGCGAAGCGCUUAAAGAACAUUAUCGAUAUGCUGACAAAGAACGUGUAUGACUACGGGUGCACUGGUAUUUUCGAACGUCAUAAGCUGCUGUAUUCGUUUCAAAUGGACAUAAAGCUGGAGCAAAGCGAAGGUAAUGUUAGUCAGGCGCAGCUGGAUUUCUUCAUCAAAGGAAAUGUUUCUUUGGAGAAGGCAUCAAUAGCUUGUCCGGCCUCCUGGAUCCCUGCGCAGGGUUGGCAAGACAUAAUGAAAUUAAGCGUUGAUUUCCCGGAGACGUUUGGCUCGUUGCCCAGCGAUAUCAGCCGUGGACUAGAAAAUUGGCGAGAAUGGUUCGACAGCGACACGCCGGAGUCGCACGAGAUCCCGAACAGGUACAGGGAGCGCAUGAAACCGUUCGAGUUGCUGAUGUUGCUGCGCUGCUUCCGUGUGGACCGCGUGUACCGCGCGCUGAACGACUACAUCACCGUCACCCUGGGCGAAGAGUUCAUCACCCCGCCUGUCAUAAGCUUAGACAUGAUAUUCGAGCAAACAACUCCGUUCACUCCCGUGGUGUUCAUACUAAGUCCCGGAUCGGACCCCACGGCCGAUUUGAUGAAGUUGGCUGACCGAUGCGGCUUUGGUGGCGGCAAGUUUAAGUAUUUGUCUCUUGGACAGGGCCAGGAAAGUACGGCAUUGGCACUUCUAGAAGGUGCUAUAUCACACGGCCAGUGGCUGAUCCUGCAAAACUGUCACCUUCUCAUCGCAUUCCUACGUGAAAUAGAGAAGCAAUUGGAGAUGAUGACAAAGCCACAUCCUGAGUAUAGACUGUGGCUCACGACCGACCCAACACCAGCAUUUCCUAUAGGGAUUCUACAGAGAUCACUUAAAGUGGUAACCGAGCCACCUAACGGCUUGAAGUUGAACUUACGCAACACGUACUUCAAGAUGCGCGCGCACGCUUUAGAAGAGUGCUCUCACCCGCAGUUCAAGAAACUCGUCUACGUGCUUGCAUUCUUCCACGCUGUUGUACAAGAGCGCCGCAAAUAUGACAAGAUAGGCUGGAACAUUUCGUACGACUUUAGCGAGUCUGACUUCGUGGUGUGCAUGCAGAUUCUGCAGUGCUAUUUGGAACGCAGCGCCGACGCCAUACCUUGGGCCACACUCAAAUAUCUUUUUGGAGAGGUAAUGUACGGUGGUCGAGUGAUAGACGAUUUCGACCGUCGCGUGGUUGGCACGUACAUGGACGAGUACUUGGGCGAGUUCCUGUUUGAUAAGUUCCAGCCGUUCCACUUCUACAAAGAUGAGACCUUUGACUACGUUAUACCGCCGGACGGAGAGCGAGACGACUAUAUUGAAUUCAUCGACACGUUACCGCUGGCGAAUACGCCCGAAGUGUUCGGGCUGCACCCGAACGCGGAGAUCGGGUACUUCAGCCAGGCCGUGCGCGAAGUGUGGACGCACCUUAUCGACUUACAGCCGCAGACCAGCGAGGUUGGCGGUGCAAUGAGUCGCGAAGACUUUAUAGAUUCGAUUGCGGUGGACGUUUUAGCAAAGCUGCCCCCGCUGUAUGAGAUAUGGCGCGUCCGCAAACAAUUCGAAAUGAACAUUACGCCAUCACUCGUCGUGCUGUUACAGGAACUCGAAAGGUUCAAUCGGCUGAUCGCGAAGAUGCGCAGCACGCUGUCGCAGCUGCGCAAGGCGCUGGCGGGCGAGAUCGGCAUGGACGCGGUGCUGGACAACGUGGCGUGGGGGCUGUACAACGGCCAGCUGCCGGCCGCGUGGCGCGCGCUGGCGCCGGCCAGCUGCAAGCCGCUGGCCGCCUGGGUCCACCACUUCACCGAGCGCGCGCGCCAGUAUACCGACUGGGCGAGUGUGGAGGAGCCGCUGGUGAUGUGGCUGUCGGGGCUGCACGUGCCGGAGUCGUACCUGAUCGCGCACGUGCAGAGCGCGUGCCGCGCGAGCGCCUGGCCGCUCGACCGCUCCACGCAGUACACGCGCGUCACGCCGCACCGCGCGCCCGCAGACAUCGAGCAGCGCCCCGCAGCGGGAUGCUACAUCCGUGGACUAUAUUUGGAAGGCGCACGAUGGGAUCACGAAGAGGGAUGCUUGAAGCGUUCGCAUCCCAAGGUGCUAGUUACAGAGCUCCCGAUCAUGCACAUCAUACCGAUUGAAGCUCAUAAGCUUAAACUGCAGAACACGCUCCGAACACCCGUAUACACAACGUCACAGCGACGCAACGCAAUGGGUGUGGGCUUGGUGUUUGAGGCAGAUCUCUGGACUGCGGAGCAUUGCAGCCAUUGGAUUCUACAGGGCGUGUGUCUUAUAAUGAACACUGACUGA